AGGUAUAAGAACAAUCUGAACAUGGAAUUUUAUUGUUUUGGAGAUGUUUGUGACUGAUUUUUAGUGUACCAUAUGUGAAAUGGCUUCAUCUAGUAGUGGGAUACCAGAGUCAUUUGACUCUCCCUAUCCUAGGGAUUAUGAAUCAAAUGAAGAUUCCCUCUCUCAAUCUGAGGUGGAUGAUGACCUGGUUUUCUUGUAUAGAAGAAUGACUUAUGGUACAUUUUCAAAUCGCAUAGCAUCAUUUAUGUUUCUUGUGUAUCGUUUUUUUCUCUGUAUUUUACAAUGGCUAAAGAGCCAAGCCUUCACUCUGUCAUGCAUAGCAUUCGUUUUAAUGGAUGCGCUUAUAACUGUAAUGUAUAAGCGGUUGAUAGAUCAUACGAAGAAUUAUGUCAUGGUAACAAUGCAGAUAAUUAUAGGCACAUUCGCCUCUCUGAUUGGAAUUGUUUACAUAUUUUGCUCAAUAUUUUUCAAAGAAUACAUGAGCAGGCCAUUCUCACCGCGGCCGCUCUUUGUUUUGGGGGUUUUAGACAUGUUUUCUACAGGUUUGACAGCAAUUGGAAGUACACAUACAAGUGGUUUUAUGUUGGUUCUAUUAAGUCAAAUCGGUGUCCCACUCACAAUGUUGACAUGUUACUUGAUUUUAUCUAAAAAGUAUCACCGGUAUCAAUAUAUUAGUUCAGUAUUUAUUUUGACAUUUGCGGUUUUGAAGCCCUUGCUCUCACGGGAUGAUUCAACAAAUAACCGUCUAUUUCACAAUUUGAUUUUCAUGGGCUCAUGCAUCCCAGACAGUAUCGCAGCUGCGCUACGCGAAAGGCAGUAUACCUCACGAUUUUUUCAUGUUGUAAAAUAUCAGUUUUACAGCCUUUGGUUGCACUUUGGAUUCAACCUUCUGUUCACUACCUUCACUCUUCCUUAUACUGGCGGGGGAAUAUUAGGGUACUUUGAAAACUUGGCUAAACUAUUUUUCGAUGGAUACAAAUGCUUAUUCUUUGGAAUAAAUUCCAUAGUUGAUAAUUGUGGAUAUGGCAAGCGUGUGACUUGUGAUGAUUGCGGUGAAGCUGCAAAAAUAUUCUUUAUAUAUUUAAUUCUCAGCACGAUUUUAAGAAUAUCGUAUGUGCUGAUCAUGAUGGACGGUUCUGUAACCUUUACAUUUCUUCUGGGAACUGUUAAAGUACCACUCACUUCUAUCGCGUUUUCUCUGCAUUUUAUAGCAGGUGAUAGUGUCUCAACAUUUGGAACCCUUGACUUGGUGUGUUUUUUCGGUAUUGUAGGAGGUCUUAUUUUAUAUUCUGUUGGGUCUAAGUGUAUGCAGGAGGCCCGGGGUGAAGAACUAUCCCAACCACUAAUGGAGACCUCUCAAGCAUAA